GCUUCGAUGACGACCUCAACGACGACCGCUUCUCCGCUCGUAGGUGCCAUCGACCAAGGCACGACUUCGUCUCGCUUCAUCCUCUUCGACACGACCGGCAACAUCGUGGCGUCGCAUCAGAUGGAACACGAUCAAAUUCAAUCCGAACCCGGCUGGUGUGAGCACGACCCCAACCAAAUUUGGGACACCGUGCACGAAUGCAUCGCCAAGACCAUGGAACAGGUCCCGGACGCCGUCGUGAGCGCCAUCGGGAUCACCAACCAGCGUGAAACGUCUCUCCUGUGGGACAAAGUCACCGGCCAACCUGUGUACAACGCCCUCGUGUGGCACGACAUGCGCACGUCCGACAUUGUGCACGAACUGCUCCAAGGCCACGACAUCAAUCGCUUCCGCGCCACCACCGGGUUGCCGCUGGCCACGUACUUUUCCGCGGUCAAGAUCAUGUGGCUGCUGCGCCACGUCCCCGGCCUUCGCGCCAAAGCCGACGCUGGCGACGUUUUGUUUGGAACAAUCGACACGUGGCUGUUGUGGAAGUUGAGCGGCGGCGCCGUGCAUGCGACGGACGUUUCGAAUGCGUCCCGAACGAAUCUGAUGGACUUGCACACGUUGCAGUGGAGUGACGAUCUCAUUCGCAUUUGCGAUAUCCCACGGGCCAUUCUCCCUACAAUCCGAUCGAGUUCGGAAGUGUACGCGACGACCGCCGCCGAUUUUGUGUUGCCCAAUGUCCCCAUUGCUGGCAUGUUAGGGGACCAGCAAGCCGCUUUAUUUGGCCAAACAUGCUACGAAGCCGGCCAAGCCAAAAACACGUAUGGCACGGGCUGUUUUUUCAUGAUGAACACUGGAACAAAGCCGAUUCCGUCAACCAAGGGCCUACUCACGACAGUGGGGUACCAGCUCGGCACGUCUCCGUGUGUGUAUGCGCUGGAAGGAAGUGUGGCGGUGGCUGGCAAGGUCGUGCAGUGGCUGCGCGAUAACAUGAAAAUGAUAUCGAAACCGUCCGAGAUUGAAUCGCUGGCGUUGGCAGUGCCGGAUAACGGCGGGUGCUAUUUUGUGCCGGCGUUCUCGGGUUUAUAUGCGCCCUACUGGCGCUCCGAUGCCCGGGGUAUCAUCUGCGGACUCACGGGGUACGUGACCCGGGAGCAUUUGGCUCGCGCGUCGCUGGAAGCGGUGGCGUUUCAAGUGAUGGAUGUGGUCCAUGCGAUGCAAGAAGAGGCGGGGAUUGAGCUCUCAAGUUUGCGUGUGGACGGCGGAAUGAUUGAAAACAACUUGCUCAUGCAAAUUCAGGCAGACUUGUUGGAUUCCAAAGUCGUGCGGCCGGUCGUGUCUGAAACCACGGCAUUGGGGUACGUGAUGACGAUGAUGACUCAUACAUAAUAAUAAUACCCUUGGCGUGGAGUGUACGAUGGUGGUAAUGGGUGUAUGGAUUUUACAAUAUAUAUAUAUAUAUAUAUAUAUAUUGCUUUUGGGUCUCAAUGCGUGUUCUUUUAUAUUGAUAAUCAUAUUGAAUUAACAGAUGUACGCGUGAAUUGCAUGAUGGGAGUGCGUGUAACGAACUAUGUUGUGAUGACCAGUUUUGUCGAGAUAUUGUACUAUAUAUAUAUUUCCUAUUAUUGUAUGAUAUUAUUAGAGCUGCGUUUGCGGCGGGGUUGGCCGUGGGCGUUUGGAAGGACACGGAGGAGUUGGUCAACACGUGGCACGUUGCCAAGGUCUGGCGCUCCGAGAUGCACGAGGACGCCCGCGCCAAGCUCACGUCCGAGUGGAAGAAAGCCAUCGACCGUACGCUCAACUGGGCCGAUUAAUUCGUUAAAAAUAGGUUAUCCUUCGAACAACGUCG